CGCUCGUCCCGCGGAACGUGCAAAAGGGUCAAAGCCCUAGCCGCCAACCUUCCUUGUCAAGCCCGCGGCCCCUCCGCCUCAUCUCCUCCCCGUCCCUCCUCUCCAAUGCCGCCGCCCUCGAUGCGCCAUGAGGGCACCGUCGACACGUCAGGGAUACACCGUGAUGGAGCUCAGCCCAAGCCCAGCAGAAGCCACUCCUAACCAUGUUCGCUCGAUUGACAAGAGCAGGGCGGAAGAUUGGAUCGAGGGCGCCCGCAUGGCCUCGCCGCCGCUGUCACCUGGAUUCGCUAGCCGCCUCCUUGAGUCACACCCGUCGCCGCCGCGAGUAAGCUCCACCGUUGCUGCCAGGAAUCUCGUCCCCGGCAAGGUACCAUCCGCCUCCCUUCCGAUCUUCAGAUCUCCAUAUGUGGUGAAUGUGGUGUUUUGGUUUUUCGUCGGAUUACUAUCUGUAUUCGGGGAUUAGCUAUGAAUUGAUGUUUUUUACUUCGAGCGUGGAUAUUCGACAGUAGUGAUUUAGGUCUUUUUGUAGAACAGAAUGAUUAACUUGGUCUAUUUAUGGAAAACUGGUAGAUGAUAUAUGUAUGAACGAUCGUAACACUGAAAAUGCAAAAUUUACAAUAUGGUGUAAUGAUGGUUGGUGGGGUGUGACUUUUUUGCUGGCAUUGUCCAGUGCAGUUUUUAGAUUUCUACUGAGUAGGACCGUGUUUUGGGAUUUGUUUUUGUGUUGAUGUUUGCAGGAAAAUUCCUAGGGAUUUUAUUGACGGAGGCAUCACUAUCUGCUGCUGGAUUAUCCAUUUUUGUAGCACUAGCAAUGCUAGGCCGCUCAUGCCAAGCAUCGUUUCACAUUCAG